UCUAUAAAGCAUGAUCCAGGAUUCAGACUGGCAGUUCGAACCCUUAGAUUGAGAUUUCACGAGUAUCCAAAGAAACCUGGUGCGCCUUCAAUUGGAGGAUUAGGCAAUUCUGCAAACUCGAAUCUUGAAACAAAAUUGCAGAGAGCGGGUGAGAGGAUGAAACAUCGCGCCCAACAUUUCCUCAUCUCAGCGUUGCUGACCAAGGUGGUAGCCGCGUGGAUUUUCGAGACCUCCGGGCCGGGGGCCAAGGAGAUCAUCGACGUGGCCUUCUGGAACAACCGGGCGUUCCUCUGCAUGUCGGACAAGAUGGCGCCACCGAAGCCGGACAAAAAUGGGACCGACGCCAAUGCGGUGAGCAAGGCGCCGCCGCGGAAAAUCAACUACCUCGGCUCGGCCAUAUUCGAGGCGCCUUGGCCGGAAGACGCCACCCAGAGCUGGGGACUCAAGGCCCUCAAAAUCGAAGCCCAGGAGCUUGAAAGCGAGUGUAUGAAGUUGAAGGCGGCGGUAGCAAUCGACAUCGAUGCGAGAGGACGGAUGUUUACACUGCUCCUAGGAUCCAAAAAUUGUCAUCCCAGGAUCGCUGUCAUCGACUUAGUUGUAAACCGACAGGUUUCGCGGACGGAACUAACCAACGCUCCGAGGCUAACUUUGCGCUCUCUCGUGGUGGACUAUCUCAACUCGGACACGCGGGUUUACAUCGGAGGCGUCACCGACAAUCUUCUGAUCGUGUACAGCUUCAAGGAGGAACUUUGGUGGAGGGUUAAACUGGAGUCCACCGGAGCCGCGCUGCCGACCUCUCCCCCCGUUCCCACGGCACACCUCGCCCUCGCCAAAAGAGAGGGCGUUCUCUACAUGACGUCAUCCAAUAGCCAGUUCUUAUUUUCCAUGAGCUUGGAGCAACUCAGUGACAUCGACAAAGCUGAUGGCAAAUCCGAGUGCUCGCAGAACCGGACCCUAAGUCCAAAGCUGGUCGGCGAGAAGCUGGGAAAAUCAGCGGGGUUGAUGUCGGACUCGCGGGGCGGUCUCAUCUACUCUUUGCUCCGGGACUACGCCGUUGUCAGGUGGAACACGCAUGCGCCCCUCGUCGCCGAAAACCACGAGGUCCUCAUCCAGUCCGCCGAUCUCCUCCCCGACGUUCGUCAGAUCUUCAAGGACUCCCAGAAGAACGUCUGGGCCCUCAACGGGCUCCGCAACGAGGAAGGCUCUUAUUGCACCCGAAUCCUCAAGCUAAACUGAGCUACCAAGCAGAGGCGGAUCCAGAAAUUUGGCAACACCGGAUUUCUUCCAUUUAAACCAAUGCUAAAUAAUCGUUUAUUGUCGGAGCACAUAACCCCUCCAAGGAUCGAUACAUUUCCAUAGAUUUAAGUGGAGAAAACACAACGUUGCCAAUUUGCUGGAUCCGCCAAUGCUACCAAGUCUGAAAAUUUUGUACUUUUUUAUACGUUGGAUUUUUUAAUUUUAAUAAUAAAAUUAGGUAAUUCAUUUGCCAUUUCCUUUGUUCUGUUCGACUCUAAAUUAAGGAAAACGAAUCGUUGAGCUUACAAUGCUCGUGUUGCAUUCCAGGUUCUUUCUACUUUUCUGGAAUUUACUUCUGAAGGCUGUAAUGAACAUUAUUCCUUAGCAUCUUCUUAAACUAAAUUUAAUUUAAAACAGCUGUAUAUAUCUUUUUUAUAUUUAUUUUGAUAAUUAUAAAUUUAAAUAUAAAUUUUAUUUUAGUUUAAAAGUUAGAAAUUGUCUUAAAUGUAUAAAGAUCUGAAAUUUGACACAACUAGAAAUUUAACAUUUAGAAUUUAGAAAUUAGAGCAAUCUACUACAAGAAUGCAUUUAAAUUCCAGCUAAUUAGGUGCCAGCAGUUGCGCUUCAACCUAAAGUUAACUAACUAUGUGUCUAGAUGAAUUAUAUCGAUUAAAAAUAUAUUUAUAAAACAAAUCGUAAA